AUGUUCCUGGCGACGUCGAAGCAGCCCCGGGCUGAGCAGGAACUCAGGGAGGAGAUCCAGGGUCUUGAGAGAGAGUUGGCGGAGGCGAGGGAUAGGCUGGCGGAGGUGGAACGACGCCUGACAAAGGCGGACUGCGAUGCUGCAGAUGCCCGCGGUAAGCUGGCGGUGGCCAUCAAGCGGGAUUUGGAGCAAAAUGCUCGGGUCGCCCAGCUGGAGCGAGACUUGUACCUGCUGCAGGAGCGGGUGACCGCCAAGGAUAAGAAGCUUGAUAUUCUGCAGCGGGAGUCCACCGCCAGACUAACCGAGGUGAAGAAGCUGGAGGGUGAGGUUGCUCGCCUGAGAGCUGAAGGGGACCACGCCGCAGCCGCCGCUGUUGAUGCAUUCAAACAGUCGGCGGAUUACAAGAAUGCGAUGAAUGAGGCGGCGAAGGCUGGGGCCCUAGCCAAUGUAGAGAUGCUGAAAAAGAAGGGCGCUAUUGACUGGGUGAAGGCGUCCCAGCCCGAGAAGCAACAAAGUGAAACGCCGGAUGCAAUAUCAAGGUCUGAUGUUUGGCUUCGUGCCUAUGAAGCAAAGCAGAAGAAGGGGUCAAUUGAGGAAGCUGUGGAUUCAGAAAUAGUGAAACAAGUGAAAAAGUACAAGGAAGAAGAAGAAACAGUUUCUGGACUGUCUUCUAUAAAGAAUGAUGUUGUUGCAAAAGUGCUUGGUCCAGAUCCACGAGGACGAGUAAGAGGGUAUGGGUUCGGUGCACUACCUUCAAAAGUCAAUGCUCAAUCACAUGUAAGUAAUAAAGUCACAAUGUUAGAGAAUGCUCUUGCUGCUCAAACACAAGUGGUAGACAAAUUGCAAGAGAUGGUGAGAGGCCUUUGUGCUCGGCUAGACCAAGGAGGAAAUAACAAUGAACACACUAUUGCACAACAAUCUGCUACUGAGAUUGGAAAUAGAAAACGUAAAGAAAAUCCAAGUGUUACAAAUACUGGUAGUAAUAUAGCACAGAGCAAACAGAAAGAUGCAAGUGUUAGAAGUUCUUAUAAUGAGACAGAAAAUGGCAGCCCAAUGCAUCAAAGUUUUAAUGGAAAGAAACAACUUUCUGGACAAGUUAACCCAAAAAUAGUCCACAAGACAGAUUUGGGGAAACAAGUGCAGUUGUUAAGUUGGUUUGCUAAAGAAGAAGUAGUUGUUGCAUGUGCUAGCAUUAUAUCAAAAGAUCCACAAGUUGAGGUGCAUCAUGUUCCUCUUGGCCAUGAUUGUUGGAAAGUAUCGGUGCAUGAAGUUUUUCAUGAUAUAGCCUUGUAUCGCCCAACAAGAGAGUUUAGUAAACUGUAUGCAUCCAUAGGAAGUAUGAUUGCAUGGCCUAUCAAGUACAUCAAAGUGAAUUAGGCAUUUUGGAGGUAAAAGUUGGCAUCAAACAUAAUAUGAAGAUGUUCAAAAGGCCACAGCAUGGAUCACUAUAGAUUUAUCUUUUGCAAUUAACAAAGACAAUUCUAAUCUAAGGUGGUCUCUAAUAAUCUAGAAUAUUUUAUAUUUUAGCAUGGUGAUGAUAGACUGUUGGUUUAAUUAAGUUGUUUU